AUGCCUGCCCACUCCAAGCCGGCGGUCAUAGGGCCAUGGGGAAAGGCGACGGCCGGUGCUGCUGGUGCUGUUGUUGCCAACGCCUUGGUGUAUCCCCUCGACAUUGUCAAGACCCGGCUGCAGGUGCAGGUGAAGCAGACCAUCGAGGAUGACGAGAAAGGCAAAGAGGUCACCACCACCAGCUCCAGUGUGACACCACAUUACGCCUCCACCUGGGAUGCCAUGACCAAGAUCGUCCAGCAGGACGGUGUCCUCGGCCUGUAUGCCGGCAUCAACGGCGCCCUGAUCGGUGUCGCCUCGACCAACUUUGCCUACUUUUACUGGUACUCCAUCGUGCGGGCGCUGCAUGAGCGUACCGCCAAGUCCGGCGCGUCGCCGUCCACCGCCGUCGAGCUGUCACUUGGCGCCACUGCCGGUGCCAUUGCGCAGAUCUUCACCAUCCCCGUGGCCGUCGUCACCACGCGCCAGCAGACGCAGUCCAAGGAGGAGCGAAAGGGCCUGCUCGCCACCGCCAAGGAGGUCAUCGAGAGCGAGGAUGGCGUCUCUGGCCUGUGGCGCGGCCUCAAGGCCAGCCUCGUCCUCGUCGUCAACCCGGCCAUUACCUACGGCGCCUACGAGCGGUUAAAACAGGUCUUGUUUCCUGGCAGGAGUAGCCUCCGGCCAUGGGAGGCUUUUGUCCUGGGCGCCAUGUCCAAGGCCCUGGCCACUAUUGCUACGCAACCCCUUAUUGUGGCAAAGGUUGGCCUGCAGUCCAAGCCACCACCGGCUCGGAAUGGCAAGCCGUUCAAGAGCUUUGUCGAGGUGAUGCAGUUUAUCAUUGCCAACGAGGGCCCACUCGGCCUGUUCAAGGGCAUCGGCCCCCAAAUUCUCAAAGGCCUCUUGGUCCAGGGCUUCUUAAUGAUGGCCAAGGAGAGGAACGAGAAAAAGACAGUCGCCAUGGCCAAAUCCAAGAACUCGUCGCAACACAACCAGUCGCGCAAGGCGCACCGGAACGGCAUCAAGAAGCCGAAGACGUCUCGCUACCCGUCGCUGAACGGUACCGACCCCAAGUUCCGGAGAAACCACAGACAUGCUCUGCACGGCACUGCCCGCGCUCUGAAGGAGUUUAAGGAGGGCAAGCGGGAGUCGGCAUAA